AUGGUGGUUCUGGCCUUCAUGGCCACCAGGCCAGGGAACAGCACAAGGAAAUUCUUAGGGAAACCAAUGAUUAACUCCAUUGUCUUAGCCUGUCCCUUGGUCCAAGCAGUUCUUUGUGCCACCUGGCUGGUGACCUCUCCCCCAUAUCCCAACUUCGACUUUGACUCCUUGGUAGAAGAGGCCAUCUUGGAAUCAAAAACUGUCAUGGUGGUUCUGGCCUUCAUGGCCACCAGGCCAGGGAACAGCACAAGGAAAUUCUUAGGGAAACCAAUGAUUAACUCCAUUGUCUUAGCCUGUCCCUUGGUCCAAGCAGUUCUUUGUGCCACCUGGCUGGUGACCUCUCCCCCAUAUCCCAACUUCGACUUUGACUCCUUGGUAGAAGAGGCCAUCUUGGAAUGUAAGGAAGGCUCAGCUUCCAUGUUUUAUGCUGUCCUCGCCUACCUGGGUUUCCUGGCUCUUGUCAGUUUCACAGUAGCCUUUUUGGCUAGGAAAUUGCCCGACAGCUUUAACGAAGCCAAGUUCAUUACUUUUAGCAUGCUGGUCUUUUGCAGCGUUUGGAUCACCUUCCUGCCCACCUACCUCAGCACCAAAGGGAAGUCCAUGGUGGCCGUGGAGAUCUUCUCCAUCUUGGCCUCUGGAGCUGGUCUCUUGGCUUCCGUCCAGAUGGACCUGAGGCCAAGCUGCUUCUGGAGGAGAACUUUCCAAGUACAAGAAGACUAUUACAGGUCUGGAGAUCUCAUUGUUGGUGGAAACCUACCUCUCUCCAUUACUGUAGUCCUACAGCAGCCUUUACGUGAGCCUCCCCUGGAUUGGGAUAUCCUUACUCUACCUAUUCCCAAGAACUACCAGUACAUCCUGGCCUUGGCGUUUGCCAUCCAGGAGAUCAACAACAAUCCGCAGCUCCUACCCAACAUCACACUGGGCUUCCGCAUCUACGAAGAGAACCAGUAUGCCAGCAUGGCCCAAGACAUCAGCCUGUCUCUGCUCUCCAGCCGGGGAAAAAUGUUCCCUAACUAUCAGUGUGAGGCACGGGACAACCUGCUCUCUGUCCUUGGGGGUCUGAACUCCAAGAUCUCGUACCAGAUGGCAACCACGUUUGGCAAUUUCAAGAUUUCUCAGCUAGGUUACCGCUCCUCUGACCCUGUUUUGAGCGAUAAGAGCCAGUUCCCCACCUUCUACCAGAUCGAUCCUCACUAUCAUCUGCAGAAUGCAGCAAUUGUCCAACUUCUUCUAUAUUUCCAAUGGAACUGGAUUGGGAUUGUUGUUCAGAACUGGGAGAGCAGUGAAAAUUUCAUCCGGAUUUUGGAUGCCACCCUUGCCCAGAAUGACAUUUGCAUACAUUUUGUGAAAGAGAUCUUGCCCCGAAUCUCAAUGUUCAGUGGAUUGCAAGGCGAUCAAAUAGAUAUGGUUUGGACAAUUUGGAACAGUGAUGCUCAGGUUGUGAUUGUCUUGGGAGAUUCAAAUACGCUGCAGAGCCUAAUAGAAUCCCUCUCCUUUUAUGAAGAAGAGAACCACACUUCUUCCGGGAAGGUCUGGAUCCUGACCACCCAGUGGGAAUUUUCCGCUAUUGGCUAUCCCUACGAGUGGUGGAAACUGAAGUCCCUCCAUGGCGCUUUGUCCUUCACAGUCCAUACCAACCUGGUGCCGGGAUUCAAGAAUUAUCUCUGGGCUCUGAAUCCACACGAACCCCGUGGAGACGUCUUUCUCCCCGGCUGGUGGGAAGUCGUGUUUGACUGUGAGGUUUUGAAGGCAGGUCUGGCCUCCCCUGAGGGCAGAAGGGUUUGCACGGGGGAGGAGAACCUGGACGCCCUACCGGCCUCCGUCUUUGAUGAAAAGAUGACCGGUUUCAGCUACAGCAUCUACAACGCGGCCUAUUCCGUUGCCCACGCAUUACAUGCUGCGCAUACCUGGGAACCUCAACGGGCAUUGAAGAGGGACAGAAAGGAGCCUCACCUGCUCUGUGUGGAACCCUGGCAGAUCCACACCUUCUUGAGAAACAUCCGCUUUAACAACACGGCUGGGGAUGAAGUCUCCUUUUCAGAAACGGGGAUGAAAUAUGCAGGAUUUGAUAUUCUAAACUGGGCCGUCUUUGCAAAUGAAACGAUCGCUCGACGGAAAGUCGGAUGGGUUGAUCCGGAGGCUCCUUCGGCUGCAGGUUUCAGCAUCAACCCCGAUGCCAUCGUGUGGGCUAACCAGCCACUCUUGUUUCAGACGAAGCCUUUCUCCCGGUGUGUGAAGCCCUGCCUUCCAGGACAGGCCAGGAAAGUUGCAGAGGAGAAGCCUGUUUGUUGCUACGGAUGUAUUCCUUGCCCUGAAGGGACAAUUUCGAAUCAAACAGAUGCAGCUCAGUGCACCCACUGCCCAGAAGACCGACACCCAAGCAAGAACCAAGUCCUGUGCAUUUCCAAGCCCGUGAACUUUCUCUCGUAUGAGGAUACCCUCGGCUUCAUUUUAGUUUGUCUUGCUCUUGCCUUCUCCUUGAUCACAAUCCUUGUGUUGGCAGCCUUCAUUAAACAUCACAACACACCACUCGUCAAGGCCAACAACCGAGAUCUCACCUACGUCCUCCUGGUCUCCCUCCUGCUCUGCUUCCUCUGCUCCUUCCUCUUCAUCGGUCAGCCCAGGAGCCUCCCCUGUCUCCUCCAGCAAACUGCUUUUGCCAUCAUCUUCUCCGUUGCCAUUUCAUCGGUGUUGGCAAAAACUGUCAUGGUGGUUCUGGCCUUCAUGGCCACCAGGCCAGGGAACAGCACAAGGAAAUUCUUAGGGAAACCAAUGACCAACUCCAUCGUCUUAGCCUGUCCCUUGGUCCAAGCAGUUCUUUGUGCCACCUGGCUGGUGACUUCUCCCCCGUUUCCCAACUUGGACUUCCACUCCUUGGUAGAAGAGGCCAUCUUGGAAUGUAAGGAAGGCUCAGCUUCCAUGUUUUAUGCUGUCCUCACCUACCUGGGUUUCCUGGCCCUCGUCAGUUUCACGGUAGCCUUUUUGGCUAGGAAAUUGCCCGACAGCUUUAACGAAGCCAAGUUCAUUACUUUUAGCAUGCUGGUCUUUUGCAGCGUUUGGAUCACCUUCCUGCCCACCUACCUCAGCACCAAAGGGAAGUCCAUGGUGGCCGUGGAGAUCUUCUCCAUCUUGGCCUCUGGAGCUGGUCUCUUGGCUUGUUUCUUUUUCCCCAAAUGCUACGUUAUCCUACUUAGACCCAAUCUGAAUAGUAGAGAAAAUAUAAUGAGGCACAAGAAUCUCUGA